GCCUCCACGCAGGUGUGCAGGUUUUACAUGAAUGGACGGGGAACGUUUUUCAGGAGUUUACAGAAAAAUUCUUUUUGUUUCCGGAGAAAAUUUGCUUCUAAAAAAGUUGCAAAAAUCGUUCCAAAAAAUACUCCAAAAAAACAACUUGCAACAAAAAAAGAAGCUGAGGAUGAAAGCUCUUUUUCAAGACUUCAAGAAGAUAGACGCAAACAGGCAGAGAGAUCUGUUCUGAUCGCCUGUCCGCCAAAUAUCACCGAGAUGAAGUUUUUAAAACAUCUAUCCACGCAUGGAAGUAUAGAAAACUGUUUCUUUUAUGAGAGUUUUGGCAUAUAUGCGGUGGUGGAGUUUUCUCAAACGCAUAGCAUCGACUCAAUGCUGGGGGCCACCAUAUUUCCCAGUGUUCAAAAUGAAACGGCUGUGCCUUUCAAAACUAGACUGCUUUCUUUAAAAGCAAGCGACUCUGUUCUGCCCAAAACCCGGCCAUCUGUACCGUGCCAGAAACUAAACCCCAUUGGUACAAAGGAGCUCAUUUUGAAGCUGUCUCAACAGGACACUGUAGACAAACAAUUGUAUUACCUUUUGGAACAGCACCAGCUGACAGAAGAGAACAUUCGCCUGCGCUUCCUUGUCUGCUCUUUGCUGAAAGACAUUGCUGCACCAUAUUUCCCAGAAUGUGUCAUAAGGCUAUUUGGCUCCUCUGUCAACAGUUUUGGGAAACUUGGUUGCGAUCUGGAUUUGUUUUUGGAUCUUGAUUCUGUCAGAGGGCGUAAUACCAAGCAGACUAGGAACCAGCUCUCGCUGGAGUUCCAGAUGAAGAGCACUUCCUCCGAGAGGGCUGCCACCCAGAGCAUCCUGUCCGUGAUCGCCGAGUGCGUAGACCAUUUUGGGCCCGGCUGCGUUGGAGUGCAGAAGAUCCUCAAUGCCCGCUGCCCCCUGGUGCGAUUCUCCCACCAGCCCUCGGGCUUCCAGUGCGACCUCACCACCAACAACAGGGUGGCGUUGAAGAGCUCGGAGAUGCUCCAUCUCUACGGCAGGAUGGACAGGCGGGUACGGGCAAUGGUGCUCAGCCUGCGCUGCUGGGCCCAGGUGCAUGGCCUCACCAACAACUUCCCGGGGGCCUGGAUCACUAACUUCUCCCUCACCACCAUGAUCAUCUUCUUCCUGCAGAGGAGAAGUCCGCCCCUGAUCCCACCACUCGACCAGCUCCGGGAACUCGCAGGGCCCAGGGAUGAAUGCAUUAUUGAAGGCAAUGACUGCACUUUCGUCAGUGACAUCAGCAGGGUAAAGAAUCUGGACAACACAGAAACAUUGGAUCAUCUGCUGCAGGAAUUCUUUGUGUUUUAUGCAAACUUCCCCUUCAACCAGAUGUCCAUCAAUAUCAGAAAGGGCAAGGAGGACUACAAGCCGGACUCAAGUCCCCUAUACAUCCAGAACCCCUUCGAGCUAUCCCAGAAUGUCAGCAAGAACGUCAACCCCACCCAGCUGGAGCGCCUGGUGACCCUGUGCCAGGAGAGCGCAUGGCUGCUGAACGAGGGCUGGGCCAAGCAGCGGGCCAGUACCGAGCCCUCCCCCUGGGGGAUGGGCGCGCUCCUCCUGCCCUCCUUGUCGCAGUCCAUCCGGAAUAAGAGCAAGAAGGGGAGGGUCUUGCAGCCGGCCAGCGAGAGGUUCAAGAACCUGCUGGCCUUCCUGAAGACGAACAAGGCGGGAGGGAGCGGCGCCGCGGGGAACGCAGAAAACCAGAAAACCGCCUCUUCCACUACGUCCUGCUAGAGGGCAGCGUUCUGCGGCAGGGGACCCACAGGCUUCGCUCCCUGAAGAGGGAGUUCCUCUUCACGGGGGGAGGGGGAACAAACACUCUCUGAAACGAACAGAGCACCCCGUGCCAAGAGUGUCUUGGAACAUGGACGAGUACUGUUUUCCUUUAGCACACUGCUGUAUAAAGAUGGCCGUACAUAGAAAUACUACAUUCAAAUAGCAUAUUCUUUUUUCCAUAUUGCAGGCAACAUCUUUUUUUUAUUUUGGACAUUUUGUUUUCAUGCGCCAUGUAUGUGUGUAAAUACACCCCAAAAUGGUUAUUUUUAACUGUUUUAAUCACCUAUGUCACAAGUUUUCAGCAUACUUUUACUGUAUAAACUUUUGAGAUUAGCAAUUAUUCAAUUGUUGAAUGGUUUAGAACUUGAUUUUUCUCAGAUUAAAACUGUAAACUACU